UGUUGAGCGGCCCACGGGGACCUUAGGCUGAGGCACCAGGAAACCCUCUGCAGGCUCCCGGGAACUUGUACUUGGGUCCUCCAGCCUGGCCGCGGCAGAACUCGACCUGGGGAGUGGCGAAUUGGCCGCGAUCGGGCUAAGCGCCCACGGCCAUUCAGGAACUGGGUCCAGAUUGGUCUGAGUACGGGUCGGGAGCAGUGGGGGUCGGCCAGCUUCUCCGGUCUCUUGAGCCCGUGUUCCCUGCACGUGGACCGCGCGGCUCAAGUCCGGGAGCUUGGAGUACCGUCUGCCCCGGGUACUGAGGCGUUGUACCUUGGGGCAGAGGGUAGCGUGGAGGGGCCCCAGCAUAGAAACAGACCUUGGUAGAAGCAGUGUCAGGUCCUAGAGGGAAGGGGCAGGGGCAGAGAGCAGCUGGGCAGUGUGGGGGGAGGCCCAUGGAGGAGGAACGCGACGGAAGUUCUCCUGAGAGGCUGUGUGGGGAAGUCCUUCGCAGCCCCCAGACUCCGGCUUGGCCUUCUCACUGUGCUUCCUGGGACUCCAGACCUCCCUGCAGCAUGGAUCCAGCCCUCUCUGUGGUGCGACUCGCUGUACAGGAGGCUGUUCACAUUCUUUCGUCUUCUGAGGAUGGUGGCCAUAUCCUCUCUACCCUGGCGUCCCUGAAGCGGUAUCUCAGUGACACCGAGAAUUCAGCCCUCUCUGGGGAGAAGGAGGAGUUUGCCACAGUCCACUUCUCCACCUUACUCAGAAGCCUUGCCAGCAAGCUGAGCCCCGACUGGUUGGAGCUGUUGCCUGGCGGCCGGCUAGAGGCGCUGUGGGCCAGCUUCUUCCUGGAGGGCCCAGCUGACCAAGCCUUCCUGGUGCUGAUGGAGACUAUUGAGGGCACUGCCGGCCCUAGUUUCCGUCUGAUGAAGAUGGCUCAGCUGCUCGCCAGGUUCCUCAGGGAGGGGAGGAUGGCAGCUCUGAUGGAGGCGCAGUGUCAGCAGCAGAUGAGGCCCAGCUUCCCUGUGCUCCGUGAGAUGCUGCUCAGCAAGGUGGUGGGCUUGCCUGAUCACCUGGGCAACCGUCUGCAGCGGGAGAACCUGCCUGAGUUCCUCCCUCAGAAUUACUUCCCUCUGCUCAGUGAGGAGGUUCUCCGGGUGCUACAGGCAGCUGUGGACUCCCUCCAAGGUGGCUUAGACUGCUCCAUCUCCUUCCUGUCUCAAGUCCUAGGGAAAGUCUGUAUGCACGGGAGGCAGCAGGAGACUCUGGAUGUGCUGGUGCCCCAGCUGACCACACUCACCAACAGCAGCUGUCUCUGGCAGCGGGUUUGCUGGCGCCUGGUGGAACAAGUGCCGGACCGGGCCCUGGAGGCCAUGCUGACAGGGAUGGUGGAAGCUGCUUCAGGGCCUGAAGUCCUGUCGAGACUACUGGGGAACCUGGUGGUGAAGAAUAAAAAAGCCCAGUUUGUGAUGACCCGGAAGCUUCUGUUCUUACAGUACCGAUACACGACACCCAUGCUGCAGAGCCUGCUGGGGUACCUGGCCAUGGACAGUCAGCGGCGCCCACUCCUUGUGCAGGUGCUGAAGGAACUCCUGGAGACGUGGGGUAGCAGCAGCGCCAUCCGACACACGCCCCUGCCGCAGCAGUGCUACAUCAGCAAGGCCAUCCUCAUCUGCCUGGCACAUCUCGGGGGCCCAGAGCUGCAGGACAGCCGGGAUGAAUUGCUAGCCAGCAUGAUGGCAGGUGUGAAGUGCCGCCUCGACAGCAGCCUGCCCGCCGUGCGCCGCCUGGGCAUGAUUGUAGCUGAGGUUGUUAGCUCCCACCUCCACCCCGAGGGGCCUCCUCUGAAGUUCCAGUAUGAAGAGGAUGAACUGAGCCUGGAGCUGCUGGCCUUGGGCAACCCCCGGCUGAUGGGUGACAGUGCCUCAGAGGCAGGAGGCCCAUCUCUGGCUCCAGCCACAACAGAGACCCCUACAGAGACCCCUGCAGAGACCAUGGAUAGCAAGGUUCUCCGGGCACAGCCGGAGGGCUCUGACUCAGAGGUGGACAGUGAUGAUGAGUUUAUCCCCUAUGACAUGUCUGGAGAUAAGGAGCUGAAGAACAGCAAGGCACCUGCUUACGUCCGAGACUGCAUGGAAGCCCUGACCAUGUCUGAGGACAGUGAGCGCUGGGAGGCGGCCUUGCGGGCCCUGGAGGGCCUGAUCUGCCGGAGUCCUGAGGCCACACGGGAGGUAAGCGUGGAACUGGCCAAGGUGCUGUUACACCUAGAAGAGAGGACAUGUGUGGCAGGAUUUGAGGGACUGCGCCAGAGAGCACUGGUAGCUGUCACGGUCACGGAUCCAGCUCAGGUAGCUGAGUAUCUGACUUCGCAGUUCUACGCCCUGAACUACAGCCUCCGGCAGCGGAUGGACAUCCUGGAUGUACUGACCCUGGCUGCCCAGGAGCUGUCACGGCCUGGCCGCCUCAAAAGGGCACCCCAGCAUAGCCACCCCGGGACUGGCACCUGUUGCUUGCUGCCACUGGCCACUGCCCAGCCUGGCAGCACUGCAGCUCCUGAUUGGCGGGUGGUGGUGGAGGAGCGGAUCAGAAGUAAGACUCGGCGGCUCUCCAAGGGUGCUCCCCGGAUGGGAGCAGCGGGUAGCCCUAAUGGAUUCAACUCUGUGGCUGGCUACUUCUUCUUCCCUCUCAUUCAGCACUUCGACAGGCCUCUGCUGACUUUUGACCUUUUGGGAGAUGACCAGUUGGUUCUCGGAAGGCUAACACACACCUUAGGGGCCCUGAUGUACCUGGCUGCUAAUACCACAGUGGCUGUGCCCAUGGGCAAGGCCCUGCUGGAGUUCACAUGGGCCCUUCGCUUCCAUGUGGACACCAGCUAUGUGCGCCAGGGCUUGCUGUCUGCCACCUCCUCCGUCCUGCUCAGUGUCCCUGCCCAGCGACUGCUGGAGGACAUGCCAGAUGAGCUGCUGGAAGCCAGGUCCUGGCUGGCAGAUGUGGCCGAGAAGGACCCGGAUGAGGACUGCAGGAUGCUGGCAGUGAAGGCUCUGCUGCUUCUGGAGAAACUCAAGGACAAACUCCUCACAAGUUCUCCUUAGUUCCCUGUGGUGCUUCCCCACCGUAGCAGGCCCCACCCACCCAUGGCUGUCCCGCUGGAAGAAAGGAAGUCCAGAGGGCUGGGCAGAAGGCCAUUGGAGUGGUGCGAAGGAGCGCCCAGGCAACAUCUGGGUUUUGUGGCGCAGCCAGGUCUGGAGCAGCAUCCGGUACUGAGUGUGCAGUUGCAGGAAGGCCCACUGCCCCCAGAGUUAUUUAUAGCCCAGCAAGUUUUAGUGUUCAGCUAAUAAUAAAUGAGGGCCUGGGCACUAUACUCCCACAUGACACAGCAACCUGAAUGCUGGGCCUGGGGGUGCUGGAAAAGUUGACUCCUAAAGUGAGGGCAGAAUGGGAGUUGCUGCUCAGAGCCCCAGUAUUCCUGGCAAGAGCCACCAGGAAGAGCAGAGCCUAUGGACUUCUCAUGUGUCAUCAGAAGAAUAAAAAUGCUGCAGGUGCCCAAGAA